GUGCCGUAUGAGCGCUCGCUCCUGUCGUACAUUUUUGCAGAAUCACUAUGGCGUCUGCGUUGAAAGAGACUGUCGGCUUGUAUGAGACAUUGAAAGCCGAAUGGAAUAAGAAAAAUCCGAAUUUAAACAAAUGCGGGGAAAUAUUAAGCAAGCUUAAGAUUUCGCUUCUGGAAUUGAACUUUUUACCAAUCACUGGGAAGCAAUUUGCCAAACAGCAGCUGAUUUUAGCCCGUGAUGUGUUGGAAAUCGGAGCCUUAUGGAGCAUCCUAAAGAAAGACAUCCCCUCUUUUGAGCGAUACAUGGCCCAGCUGAAGUGUUAUUACUUUGAUUACAAGGAUGAGCUGCCAGAAUCAGCCUACAUCCAUCAACUGCUGGGUCUAAAUCUGCUCUUCCUGCUCUCACAGAACAGAGUGUCAGAGUUUCACACAGAGCUGGAGAGGCUGAGUGCUAAAGACAUUCAGACAAAUGUAUACAUCAGGCACCCGGUCUCAUUAGAGCAGUACCUGAUGGAGGGCAGCUACAACAAAGUUUUUCUUGCUAAAGGAAAUAUUCCAGCUGAAAGUUAUACCUUCUUCAUAGACAUUCUUCUUGACACUAUCCGUGAUGAAAUUGCAGGUUGCAUAGAGAAGGCAUAUGAGCAGAUUCAGUUCAGCGAGGCGACGCGGGUGCUUUUCUUCUCGUCACCAAAAAAGAUGACAGAAUAUGCUAAGAAAAGAGGUUGGACACAGAGCCCUGAUGGUUACUAUUCUUUCAGCCCUCAACAACAACGCACGGAAGAAGUAACUAUUCCUUCGACAGAACUGGCCCAACAAGUUAUUGAAUAUGCAAGACAGCUUGAAAUGAUUGUGUAACUCGGUUAGGAAUGAGCAACCCAUUACACAAUUACUAUAGAUCCAUACAUUAUAAUAUAAUGAUAUUCAGGACGUUCACAAUUUAAACACCAAUAGCGUUGAAAAAAUGGGUUCCCCAGGACUGGUGCUAAUAAGUACACACAUGCACACACAUUUUAUCAUUUAAUACUCACUUGUGCCUGGGAUAAUAUGAUGUAAGGGAAUCAGAAAGUUCUGUGUACUCAUUGUGGGAUAAAAAACAUGUCCUCAAUAAAGUUUUUGUGACACUUUUG